CUUACAAAUCAAUGUAGAAGAAGACAAACAUCAUAUUCGAAAGAUGCAGGUGAUCAAGGAAAAAGAUGGGAGACCAGGGAAACCGCCAGGAAAGGAAUCGCAACCUUUAAUUAUAGCCAAAACUCCAGCAGAGGAGCAACGCCUGAAGUUGGAGAGAUUGAUGAGAAACCCUGAUAAACCUGCUCCUAUCCCAGACCGACCGAAAGAAUGGAACCCCCGGGCUCCUCCGGAGUUUGUGCGGGAUGUGAUGGGCUCCAGUGCAGGAGCUGGCAGUGGAGAAUUCCAUGUGUACAGACACCUUCGCAGACGAGAGUAUCAGAGACAGGACUUCCUGGACAAGAUGACUGAGAAGCAAAAGAUGGAUUUGGACUAUGUUGACAAGGUGUCAGAUAACCAACAGGCAGCUGAUGAAAGAACAGCCAAACGCAGGAAGAAAAGGGAAAAGCUGAAGCAGAAGAAGCUUAUGGCAAAAAAAGCCAAGCAGGAUGCCAACAAAGGUGAAGAUUCUGAGAAGUCCUCCUCCAGCAGUGAAGAGGACGACCAGGAGAGGGAGGCUGAGGAUGAUGCAGAGGCGCCCAGUUUCGUCAUGGGGAAGAGAUGAGUGCAUGGCUCCGGGUCAUGAGACAUGCUCCAAGACGAAAUUGAACGGUGGGACAACAUCUAAUACCAGUUCAGAAGUCAACACAGCCUAGCUUUGAUCAAUGUCAUGGAUUCGAGACAUUAUCUGAGAGCGAACCAAGGGAGAUAAGCCUCUGUUAGGUAACUGCUAUUCUUCCCAACUUGUGGUUGUAGUUAGAUUCUUUGAAUUGAGGUUGACAAAGCUGGGUUGUAUUCAUUAGGCACCAAAUGGUCUGUAACGGGGAGGGACUACCUGAACUUGAAAUAAGACGUCCUCAUUUUUGUUUUUCGUUGCAUAAACCUUUUGCUACAGUGUCCCCUGAUGAAUAUGAUUAUCAAGGUGUUAAUUUCAUGCAUGUCUCUACUUUGAAACAGUUUCUUGUUGUGUGGUAGCGUCAUUUCUCAAUUUUUUAUUUUAUACUAUGCUUGUGUAUAUAUUUUUCAUGAAGAUCUGGGAAGAAUUGGGCCUAUAUUUGCUGUAUUUUACCCCUAUAGAAUCUUCUGGAAUGUAUUACUAAAUGAUAACCCAACUUCACUAGAUAUACAAUUACUUUAGGUAGCACUUUCAAGCUAUUUCCACAAUGCUGAGCAGGACGUAAUACUCAUUCAUAGGGGUCACUCCACUCAUUCCACCCUCCAUGUGAAAUUAAUUUGGGGAAGGAUAAUAUAAUUGGUCUAGUAUUUGUAACAAGAGUAGUCUAGUACUAGUAUUUGUAGUCUUUAAUGGAAUGAGUUUUGAACUAGUUUGCUGGUAUGGCAUACCUUCUGACCUUGACUUGCAAAUCGGCUAUUGGCGGUUCCAUUGUACAACAAGAUUGGUGUAAUGCUUUAUUUUCCUUUCUCAAAUAUGUGUAUUGUUGGUUGCUAAGGACUAUCAACCACAGUUACUCAGUUUUCAUACCUGCCAGACCGGUUCGGUGGCUAUUGUCAAGGGUUCUCCAGUGACCUAUCACUACAGUUUUACAUAGAUGAGGAAUCAGGUUUUGUCCUAUUUUGAAAAACACAUCCUAAACCGUUUAAUCUCUGUAUCAAGUCCUACAGUAAGUGUUUGUUUGACCUGCAUAGGAUAAGUUACUUUUUUCCCCUACUGAACUUAUGUGAAGGUUGUGAGCAUACUUUUGUAUAUAUAGUGUAUGUGGACACCCCCUUCAAAUGAGUGGAUUUGGCUAUUUCAGCCACACCUGUGCCUGACAGGUGUAUAAAAUCAAGCACACAGCCAUGCAAUUUCUAUAGACAAACAUUGGCAGUAGAAUGGCUUUAUUGAAGAGGUUAGUGACUUUCAACGUGGCACAGUCAUAUGGUGCCAUCUUUCUAACAAGUCAGUUUGUUAAAUUACUGUCCUGCUAGAGCUGCCCCGGUCAACUGUAAGUGCUGUUAUUGUGAAGUGGAAACAUCUAGCCACAACGGCCCAGCCGCGAAGUGGUAGGCCACAUAAGCUCACAGAACGGGACCGCUGAAGCGUGUAGCGCGUAAAAAUCGUCUGUCCUCGGUUGCAACACUCCUUACCUCUGGAAGCAACGUCGGCACAAACACUGUUUGUCAGGAGCUUAAUGAAAUGGAUUUCCAUGGCCGAGCAGCCGCACACAAGCCUAAGGUACCAUGCGCAGUGCCAAGCGUUGACUGGAGUGGUGUCAAGCUUGCCGCCAUUGGACUCUAGAGCAGUGGAAACGCGUUCUCUGGAGUGAUGAACCACGCUUCACCAUCUGGCAGUCCGAUGGACGAAUCUGGGUUUGGCGGAUGCUAGGAGAACGCUACCUGCCCCAAUGCAUAGUGCCAACUGUAUAGUUUGGUGGAAGAGGUAUAAUGGUCUGGGGCUGAUUUUCAUUGUUUGGGCUAGGCUCCUUAGUCCUGUUGAAAAACAAAUUAUAGUCCCAUUAAGCACAAACCAGAUGGGAGGGUGUAUCGCUGCAGAAUGCUGUGGUAGCCAUGCUGGUUACGUGUGCCUUGAAUUCUAAAUAAAUCAGACACCAGCAAAGCAUCAUCACACCACCUCCUCCAUGCUUCACGGUGGGAACCACACGUGGAGAUAAUCCGUUCACCUACUCUGCGUCUCACAAAGACAUGACGGUUCGAACCAAAAAUCUAAAAUUUGGACUCAGACCAAAGGACAGAUUUCCACCGGUCUAAUGUCAAUUGCUUGUGUUUCUUGGCCCAAGCAAGUCUCUUCUUCUUAUUGGUGUCCUUAUUUUGUGGUUUCUUUGCGGCAAUUCAACCAUGAAGGCCUGAUUCACACAGUCUCCUCUGAACAGUUGAUGUUGAGAUGUGUCUGUGACAAACUCUGAAGCAUUUAUUUGGGCUGCAAUUUCUGAGGUUGGUAACUUUAAUGAACUUAUCCUCUGCAGCAGAGGUAACUCUGGGUCUUCCUUUUCUGUGGCAGUCCUCAUGAGAUCCAGUUUAAUCAGCGCUUGGUUUUUGCGACUGCACUUGAAGAAACUUUCAAAGUUUUUAAUGUUCCACAUUGACUGACCUUCAUGUCUUAAAGUAAUGAUGGACUGUCGUUUCUCUUUGCUUAUUUGAGCUGUUCUUGCCAUAAUAUGGCCUUAGUCAUUUACCGAAUAGGGCUAUCUUCUGUAUACUACCCCUACCAUGUCACAACACAACUGAUUGACUCAAACACAGUAAGGAGGAAGGAAAUUCUACAAAUUAACUUUUAACAAGGCACACCUGUUAAUUGAAAGGCAUUCCAGGUGGCUACCUCACGGAGCUGGUUGAGAGAAUGCCAAGAGUGUGCAAAGCUGCCAUAAAGGCAAAGGGUGGCUACUUUGAAGAAUCAAAAAUAUAUUGUGAUUUGUUUAACACUUUUUUGGUUACUACAUCAUUCCAUGUGUGUUAUGUCUUCACUGUUAUUCUACAAUGUAAAAAAUAAAAACCCUUGAAUGAG